AAGAGGAAGAUGGAGGUCACUGCUCGAUGUGCUGCUGUGCUGUUCCUCCUGCUGCUGUCUCAAGCCCUGAUCGCUGUUCACUCGCAGGAGGUGAACUCUGGAUUAACUCGUCCCUCGUGUGUCCUUCAGGAGGAGGAGGUGGAGGCCGUCCAGGAGGAGGAGCUGCAGGAGGAGGACCAGCAGGUGAUCGAGACAUGGACAUCAAACAUGGAAGCGUGCACCUGCGACUGCAAGUCUGCUGACUCACCCACGCGGAUCCCCACGGUCGUCCCACCUGUACUGUCCACCUCACUGCCACUGCCGCCGCCUCAGGAUCAACCAAUGACCUGCAUGCCAGAGUGUCCUUACCACACAGCUCUGGGCUUUGAAUCUGGAUCUGUGACCUCAGACCAGAUCAGCUGCUCCAAUCAGGACCAGUACGCUGGCUGGUACUCCUCUUGGAUCCCCACCAAGGCUCGCCUUAACAACCAAGGCUUUGGGUGUGCAUGGCUCUCCAAGUUUAACGACCAGUAUCAGUGGAUCCAGAUUGACCUGAAGGAGGUGGGUGUGGUGUCUGGCAUCCUGACCCAGGGCCGCUGUGAUGCUGACGAGUGGAUCACAAAAUACAGCAUCCAGUAUCGCACCGUGGAAACUCUCAACUGGAUCUAUUACAAAGACCAGACAGGAAACAACAGGGUCUUCUACGGGAACUCGGACCGCUCCUCCACGGUCCAGAACCUGCUGCGUCCGCCCAUCGUGGCUCGUUACAUCCGCCUGCUGCCGCUGGGCUGGCACACCCGCAUCGCCGUGAGGAUGGAGCUGCUGAUGUGCAUGAGCAAGUGUUCCUGAGGUGAACUGUCCGUCCUUCCCCUGCCAA